UAUAUUUUGGUCUAUGUGUGGUUCACACACUGAAUCUAGUAUUCAAAGAUUUUGCAAAAAAGUUUGCUUGGAUGGUUGAUACAUACCAGACUGGGAAAGCAACUGUGAAGUUCUUUAGGAACCACCAGCACUUUCAAGAUCUCUUUAGACGCAACUCCAAGUUGGAUCUUUUGAAGGUCUCAAAAACAAGAUUUGCUUCUCAUUAUAUUGUGCUUAAGAGGCUUAUGGAUGUUCGAGAGGCGCUCACAACUACCAUUGUCACAAGCAAGUGGAAGGAACUGGUGAAGGCUUGUGAGGUACAAACAAGAGCAGCAGCAAAUGCGAUUGCCCAAAAUAUCAUUGAUGAGACAUUUUGGGAUGAGAUUAAAAUCAUCAUUGACAUCACAAAACCAUUAUACAUGGUAAUCAAGUUCAGUGACGGAGAAGGUCCAAAAUCUGGUGAUAUAUAUGAAAGAAUGGACAAUAUGCUUGGCGAGAUGCAAGAAGUCAUGACAAGGGAAGAUAACCCUCACAAAGAUGAUUGGUCGAAGGUAAAUGAAAUUAUUAUUUAUCGGUGGGGAAAGAUGAACUGGCAUUUUCACUGCUUAGCGUUUGCUCUUUCUCCUAAGUAUUAUGAUCAAGCCUAUCUUGCAAGUCCUGCUCCUGGUGGUGGUCAAAGGAAAGCUCCAAAUGAUGACAGUGAGGUUAUGGAAGGUGUUAUAGAGGCUCUAAAUAGAAUUGCAGAAGAUAAAAAAGAGUAUGCUCUUUUACGUGAGGAGCUUAACACCUUUAUAAUGAAGAAAGGUUUGUAUGCAAUAGACGUCGUUCAGGCUGAUGCAGCCACGAUGAAUGCCACAGAAUGGUGGUUCAAUUAUGGCUCACAAACUCCAACUUUAAGUGAGGUGGCAAAGAAAGUCUUGUCUCAGCCAAUAAGCAGCUCCUCUGCCGAAAGAAAUUGGAGUACCUACUCAUUCAUACAUAAUGUAAAGAGAAACAAGCUGAAUGCAACGACAGCCGAUAAGCUUGUCUUUAUUCAUGCAAACGAGCGUCUGAAGAGGAGGUUUUCAGAGGGCUACAAUUCAGGUCCACAUUAUAAGUGGGAUGUUGAGCCUGAGAAUGAUUUGCUGGAGGAUUCAAGCUUGAAGCUUGAGCAGCUGCGUUGGGAUAACUUGGAGGAUGAAGCAGCUGAUGCUGAACCACCACGCAAAAUUCAGAGGACUUGAAACACUAGGAAGUGUCCGGUACAUGGCGAGUUAAUCUGUUGGUGAAACUUUAUUGGUUGGAAACCUGGAAGAUGAGUCACUUGGAUGCUGCUAUUGAAGUGAUUGUGUCUGUUACCUUAGUCACUCUGUUUUCUUGUUUGCUACUUUGGUUAAGUCAAGUAUUUUGUUAAGUACUCGUGCUGAAAUUUUAAUUAAAU